AUGUAUACGCCGCAGAAGAAAAUUGAAGAACUAUGCUUAAGAUUGGAGUUUUUAUCAACACUUGUUCCGUGUUCUUCCUUUGCGAAAUCGGAACACGCGAUUUUAGCAAAAGGGAUACAAUCGCUUCUAAGUAAGUGUCUGAAACCUGUUAUUAUUCUUUUUUACACGACGUCAAAGGCUAGGAUUUUACUGUUGUUUCAAAUAUUAUUUCAACAUCUCAAAUAUAAACAAAUGUACAACUAUUAUACCUAACCUAUUCUAUGUCAGAUGCCUACCCUAUAUCAAAAACAUUUAUUACGAGAAUUAUUCUUAAGAAAAAUUAUCGCCGGACAUUAUUGCUACAUGUAUAAGCAAUACACUAUCACCACUGGAAAAAUAUAAAAAAAAAAAAAAAACAUUUUUAUACUUUUCUAUCACAAUAUUAAUUUUGCCAACAAAUAUGAUAAUGAAAUAAAAUAACGAAUGCACUACUUUAGAUUCUGAGCGGAGCGAGGAAUGUAUUGGUUGUAAAAUGAUGUUUAUUUUUUUUCCUGUGGGCAACUUUUCAAGCAGAAAUUUUGUUCCGAUUUUCAAGUGUAGCGCUUGUUCUGAAAGGAAAUUUGACGGGGGGGGGUACUUUAGGAAAUUUUUUUUUUGAUUAUCCUACCUGUUUUCACAAUAAAUGAGAAAAACGUAGGAAAAACCGACAAAUGUAUGAAAUAUAUUAUUUACAAAUCAUAAAUAUUACGGCUUUUUAAAACAUGUAAAACCGAAAUUGAAGUCAAGGGCAGUGAGAUCCGUGAGCAUGAUCUGCGAUAUCGUGUUGCUGUAAUUGACCGUUCAAUAGUAUAGUUGACACUUCAACACAAAUCAAAUUCACUUAAAAUCCUCUUAGAAAAUUGCUGCUUCAUGAUAAAAAAAAUCAGCCUGUAUAUGUUGCACCUAUACUGCGUUACUGACUGUUUAGUGAAAUAGACAACGUCUGUAUCCAUUUCGCUUAAUGUAAUCGCGGUUUCUCCACUUAGGUACACCGUAAUUAUACUAUUAUUACCAUUAACAUUGGAUAAUUAAAUUGGUACUACUAGGCGACUGUACAUAGCGGAAUUUGUUUAUUACAUUGGAUGUCCAUAUAGCGAAACAAUAAGCUCUACUUUUUAUGAUAAUGAUGGGACGUAAUCAAAACGCUGCGCGCCGUGACGCUACACACAAACGAGGCACCGCUACAAUAGCGGUGAAAGUAACUCGCUCUCCCCACUGAAAUUCAAAAGUCUAGUUAACGGGUUGACGGAAACUAAAAACGUCAACACCAAAAAAUAAUUUAAUCUAUUACCCCAUUUAUUUAUGGAAUGUUUAAUAUAAGUUGCUAUUUGAAUAUCAAAAGUAGGUAGUGGUUACAACUCUUAAUAACUUCUUGAAAUAAGAGCGAACAAAAAUAACCAUAAAACAAAAUUGUAUAGUCACUUGUUUUAAAAACAAAUUCUGAAAAAAGUUAAUACUUCCCGGGACAAUAAGUGCCUUACGUUAUGUUGAUAACUCUAUAGGUAUACCAUAUAUAGUUUAUCAAUAUAUCUAACAGGAAUGUGAAAAGUGACUAUUAAAAAUUAUAAUUUCAACAAAAACAAUUGAUAAUUAAUAUCAAAUCGUUUUUCAGAAACGUUAAGAAAUAUCGUCGGUGAAGAAACUUAUUUAAAUGUAUACCAAAGAAAUUUGAGAGCUAUGCCAGUUAAAAAAGUAACUGACAUUAAAAAACUAUUGACCAAUAAAGACACAGUUAUACAUUCAGAACAAAUGAUUGAAAAUUGGAAUACUUGUUUACAAACG